AUGUGCUGCUGGUUUUCGUUACUUCUGGUCGCGGUUAUGUUUUACCAAAAUGCGGUCGCGCAGCUUCUUGAUGAAAACUGUGAUAUAAGAAUAGGCUAUAGAGUGAAAAACGGAUACCCGCCAAAAACUACUCAAUUUAUGGCAGCCUUGUAUAACAACAGCAAAUUUUUGUGUGGUGGAUCUCUCAUACAUAAGCAAUAUGUUUUAACCGCUGCGCACUGCGUAAGUGGCUUCGAUGAAGUAACCGUUCACUUGGGGGAGAACAAUCGAUCGUGCCCGAUCCCAGUAUGCAAACACGUGCUGCAACUGAACGCCAAGGUAAUUUUGAAUCCCCGGGAAGAUUCUAUAUUUUUGAAUGAUAUAGCUUUGCUAAGACUGAAUCGCGAAGUGAAAUUUGAAGCCCAUAUAAGACCCAUAUGCAUUAUCCUCGACGAGAACGUUGCAUCAGAUAGUCAAAACCAUUUCACGGCGUUUGGCUGGGGUAUGACGGAACACAGACGUCUCAGCGACGUACUGAAAGCGGUCGAGUUGGUGAGAUUAUCCAAGUAUGAGUGCUACCAAAACGUCGACACAAUAUGCGCGGGCAGCCAUUUGAGAGACACCUGUCUGGGUGACUCUGGUGGUCCACUGGCAGGCAAUAUGGUAUACCGUGGGAAAAGUAGAUACAUACAGUUUGGGAUAGUAAGCUACGGCAACGUCGACUGCGAUGGCUUCAAUGGGGUCUAUACAGAUGUAAAUGCCCACAAAUCGUGGAUAGCUAGCGUCGUUCUUGAAUCCGAACCGAGACUUUUGAACGAGAAUUGCAAGAGCGAUUGGCGUGCUAAGGUUUAUGUGCGUCUUUGGGAGAUGUCACUAUUUGAGCAUAAAUUCGCUGGUGCAUUAAUCACAAAUCAAUUUGUUGUGACUGUUGCCAGUGCGUUCCCUGACAAUUUCAAUGCCACCGAAAUGUAAGUAGAAUCCACAUAUAUGCAGGUCUUCGACGUCGAAUGGGUUCUAAAGCACCCACACUUCAGACCAGCACCGAAAAUAAGGAAUAACAUAGCUCUGAUUAGGCUGGCUAAGAUGAUUCCAAGAUCAGAUCUUAAUAUACCAAUUUGCUUGGGACUGAACUUUAGACCUCCGACGACUUGGAAUGCCCUGCUUUAUAGUGCCAAUAAUAAGUUCUUGGGCAGUCAACAAGUAAAUUUAAGGAGAAUCCCUGAUUGCCCUGAACCCAAGCAGUACUGUGUCGAGAAGCCCGAUCAAUUGAAUUAUCUACCUUAUGAGACACCUGGUUCUGUGAUAGGUACCAGUGAAAUGUUUAAGGGAAGAGAAAGAUAUCUUAUUGCGGGCAUAAUAAGCCAUACUCAAGGUGAUGUAAUCGUCUUUACGAACAUCCAAGACCACGAAAAAUGGAUUACAAGAACCCUGACAUAUACAUAG